GGCCGGGGCAUCAGAUAGCGCCGUCAAAGCGGAGGUGGCACUCGCGGGAACCCUGCAGGCUGAGACCCGGGAGCCAACCCUAAGGCAAGGAUCUGGGUACCGGUAAUUUAUUUGAAAAGUGAUUUCAGAAAAUACCACUAAGGAAGAAGAAACUCAAAAGGGAACUGAAAACAGGUGGCCUGCCAGUGCUGACCCAUGCCUGGUGUCUCCAGGAUGCUGCCCAUCACAGACUACUUGCUGCACCUGCUGGGGCUGGAAAAGACUGCGUUCCGUGUGUACAUGUUGUCUGCGCUGCUGCUCUCUCUGCUCUUCUUCUUCUUCCGCCUGCUGGGGCAGGUGUUCAAGCUCUGCUGGGACUUCCGAGUCACUUGCCGCCGGCUGCGCUGCUUCCCAGAGCCUCCAGGCCGCCACUGGCUGCUGGGCCACGUGAGCAUGUAUCUUCCCAAUGAGAAGGGCCUCCAGAAUGAGAAGAAAGUGCUGGAUGCCAUGCACCACAUCAUCCUGGCCUGGGUCGGACCUUUCCUCCCUCUCUUAGUGCUGGUGCAUCCUGAUUACAUCAAGCCUGUGUUGGGCGCCUCAGCUGCGAUUGCACCCAAGGAUGAGUUUUUCUAUAGCUUCUUGAAGCCUUGGUUAGGGGAUGGGCUUUUGCUCAGCAAAGGGAACAAGUGGAGCCGGCAUCGCCGCCUGCUAACUCCCGCCUUCCACUUUGACAUCCUGAAACCCUAUAUGAAGAUCUUCAACCAGUGUGCUGACAUCAUGCACGUCAAAUGGCGGCGGCACCUGGGAGAGGGCUCAGUGGCCUCCUUUGACAUGUUUGAGCACGUCAGUCUCAUGACCCUGGACAGCCUUCAGAAAUGUGUCUUCAGUUACAAUAGCAACUGCCAGGAGAGGAUGAGCGAUUACAUCUCCGCCAUCAUUGAGCUGAGCGCUCUGGUGGUACGGCGCCAAUAUCGCCUGCAUCACUACCUGGAUUUCAUCUAUUACUACCUCACGGCCGACGGGCGGCACUUCCGCCGGGCCUGCGACACCGUGCACAGCUUCACCACCGAGGUCAUCCAGGAGCGGAGGCGGGCACUGCGGCAGCAGGGCGCCGAGGCCUGGCUCAAGGCCAAACAGGGCAAGACCUUGGAUUUCAUAGACGUGCUGCUGCUGGCCAAGGAUGAAAAGGGAAAGGAACUGUCUGAUGAAGACAUCCGGGCUGAGGCAGACACCUUCAUGUUUGAGGGUCAUGACACAACGUCCAGUGGUCUGUCAUGGGCGCUAUUCAACCUGGCAAAGUAUCCAGAGUACCAGGAGAAGUGCCGGGAAGAGAUCCAGGAGGUCAUGAAAGGCCGGGAGCUGGAGGAGCUGGAGUGGGAUGACCUGACUCAGCUGCCCUUCACCACUAUGUGUAUCAAGGAGAGCCUUCGUCAGUUCCCGCCUGUGACGCUCAUCUCUCGACGUUGCACUGAAGAUAUCAAGCUGCCAGAUGGGCGCAUCAUUCCAAAAGGAAUCAUCUGCUUGCUCAGUAUCUAUGGGACUCACCACAACCCCACAGUGUGGCCUGACUCCAAGGUGUACAACCCUUACCGCUUCGACCCGGACAGGCCGCAGCAGCGCUCCCCGCUGGCCUACGUGCCUUUCUCAGCAGGUCCCAGGAACUGCAUCGGGCAGAGUUUCGCCAUGGCGGAGAUGCGAGUGGUAGUGGCACUGACGCUGCUGCGCUUCCGCCUGAGCGUGGACCGAACGCGCAAGGUGAGGCGGAAGCCAGAGCUCAUCCUGCGCACGGAGAACGGCAUCUGGCUCAACGUGGAGCCACUGCCCCCCCGCGGGCCUGAGCGUGCCGGAAGCUGCUUGUCCCAGGCUCCAGGCCCCGCCCACGCAGAACAAGCCCUGCCCACUCCGGAUUAGACCACGCCUCCAACGGUCUGGCCCCGCCCCGUGAUCCUGUGGGUGUAAACCAGUUCGAAAGUCCUGGAGGACAAGGUUCUGAGGAGCAACCCGUUGGUGCUGGCCACGCCCCUCAAGAUAGAGCCCUUCCCCCUUGGGAUCUGCUCCCGCCCCUUGAGUUCAAGAUACCCCUUCUGAGUUACCCUCACCUGCCCUUCUGCCCCAGGAUCCCACGGAUUGGCAUCCUCAGGCCCUGGUUCCUACCAAUUCAUGUUUCCAGGCAUGGCCCACAGAACCUUCUCUGGACCUAAGACCCACCGCUCGGAUUGGAACCCACCUUCCCUCCGGCCACGCUCAGAGUGGCUUCUAAACUGAGGUUGGGGCCUGAACCCCGACGUCACUUUCCUGAGGACCCCCUCCUCCCCAGCUACAUGGAAGGACUGUUCAAGCAGCACCCCAAGACUUUGGCUUUUUGCUUUUGUUGUUUUAUCCCAGAUCCUCGCAAGCGCCUUCCUCCUUGGUCAAAGUUCCUUUGCUGAGUGUUCUGAUUUUUGAGAAUAAACGCAAGGGGACACAGACACCUACC